AACAGUAUUUAAGUGUUAUCUAGGCGUAUGCAUUGAUAUGGUUAGUUUGUGAGUAAUAAUAUUGUUAAAUAAGGAUUGGAGUGUGAAAAUCCAAAGGAAAUAGUUAAAUUAUUAAAAAUGUCUCGUAUAGAAGACAAGAAAGACACAAUGGGAACGGGAUUUCGCAAAAUAGAUAUCGACGAAUUCAACGAAAAUAAUUUUAAAGAAGAAGAGGCUGAUGCUAGUUUGACAGGAACAACUGGUCCUGAUGAAAACGAAAUAUCUAAUUUACUUAGCCAAGGAAAACAUGCUGAAGCUUUGAUAUCGGCGUUAAAAGCCGCACCACUAGAGUCUAAAAAUCAACAAGUUAAGGAUAACGCAAGAAAUGUAACACAAAAAAUAUUAUUAAGUAUAAAAUCAAAUCAAAUGGACGACGUUAUUGCUCAAUUGGAUAGAGAACUUAUGGAUGUUUUGAUGAAAUACAUUUAUCGUGGUUUUGAAAUACCAUCUAAAGACAGCAGUUCACAUUUAUUAUUGUGGCAUGAAAAAGUUUACAGUAUCAGUGGUAUUGGAAGUAUUGUUCGAGUGUUUACUGACAGCAAAAGAGUUUAAUAUUAAAAAUAAAGACAAAUUAAAAAAUA